CCGGACAAGAGAGAAGACAAUGAGAGAGAGAGAGAAAUAAUAGCCUAGAAAGGUUUUUAUCGUGACUGUACGACACUACCCGGCUCCGUAAUUUAUUUACGGUAUCUUUUAUCUACAAUGGCCCUAUUACAUGAGAUGACUCAAAACGUGUCAAAGUUCAACUUUUUUUCCCCUGUGGAGCGCAUUUCGCUGACACGACUUCCACUCUCCGAAGUGUAGAUAGCGUGACCGCAGUGAUAAACAAAUCCGUCGUCAGUCCCCAAAGGACGACCAGCUAUUUAAAGGGGGAAACUGCAGUUCUUUCUCAGACGACUCCACGUGUUCUUCACAUCAUUGUCAGCAAACAUGACCACAGACUUUUCUAAGAAUGCAGAAGAGAGGCCGGACCCCCUUCUGGCAGAAGUGAAAGGGACUAUUCCCAGCUGGCUGCAAGGCACACUACUGCGCAAUGGCCCCGGCAUCUUUUCUGUGGGGGACACCAGCUAUAACCACUGGUUUGAUGGGAUGGCCAUCAUGCACAGCUUCGCCUUUAAAGACGGUGAAGUGACCCACAGGAGCAGAUUUCUGAGAAGUGACACCUAUAAUGCUAACAUGAGUGCAAACAGGAUAGUGGUGUCUGAAAUGGGGACAAUGGCCUACCCAGAUCCAAGCAAGAAUUUUAUUGUGAAGGCAGUUACCUUUCUCAACCACACAGUGCCUGACUUCACUGACAAUGGCGGAAGCAAUUUUAUUAAAUACGGAAAUGACUUUUAUGCCACCUCUGAAACCAACUACAUCCGUAAGAUUGAUCCUGUGACCCUGGAGACUCUGGACAAGGUGGACUACAAGAAGUACCUGCCGGUUAACAUGGCUUCGUGCCAUCCACACUAUGACAAGGAGGGCAACUCCUACAACUUCGGAACUUCAAUAGCAGAGAAGGGCAAAACUAAAUACGUACUGUUCAAAGUCCCCGCUGUUUCAGAGAAAGACAAAGGCAAGAAUGCCCCUGCGCUGAAGAAUGUGGAGGUGGUCUGCGCCAUUCCUUGCCACUCGCUCCUCACACCCAGCUACUACCACAGCUUCGGCAUGACGGACAACUACUUCAUUUUCAUCGAGCAGCCUUUGAAACUGGACAUCCUCAGGAUGGCCACUGCAUACAUGAGAGGAGUCAGCUGGUCGAGUUGCCUGAAAUUUUGCCCUGAGGAAAAGACUGUGAUCCACCUGAUAGACAGAAAGACUGGCAAAGAGGUCGAGACAAAGUACUACACUGGAGCAAUGAUCGUCUACCAUCAUGUGAAUGCUUUCGAGGACAACGGUCAUGUGAUCUUUGAUGUCAUCGCCUACAAUGAUAACAGUCUUUAUGAUGCGUUCUACCUCAGCAAGCUGAAGGAAAACGACAAGCUCUAUAACGUUACCUACUCCAAACCAAGCUACAGAAGAUUUGCACUUCCCGUCCACUCAGACAAGGGUAUUGCGGUUGGAGAGGACAUAGUGACAGUCAAAUAUACGACAGCCAGUGCUGUGAAGGAGAAAGAAGGCAAACUACUGUGCCAGGCAGAGGUGCUCUGUGAAGGUUUUGAAUUACCCAGAAUCAAUUAUGACAUCAAUGGCAAGAGGCACCGGUUUGUCUACGGGAACUGUGUGGAGGAGUCUGCACUGUCAUUAAAGAUUGCAAAGUUUGACACAGAAACCAAGGAAAGGAUUUACUGGAGUGAGGACAACUGCUGGCCGUCAGAGCCCAUCUUCAUUCCCAGACCAAAUGGAGAGUCGGAGGACGAUGGCGUGGCCUUAACACAAGUCAUCAACACCAACCCAGGCCAGUCUAAUUUCAUCCUGAUUCUUGAUGGCAGAACAUUCAAAGAAGUUGCUCGAGCAAACGUGAACACUGAGCUCCACAAGGAUAUGCAUGGCUUUUUUAUCCCUCAAGGAGAUUUGUCAGUUGUUGAUAUGUAAACAUGAAAAACACACUGCUGAAUGGUUGUGUUAGACCCAAAAAAAGCGUGGUAAGGAUGGACAUGGUUUCAUGGACUUCCUCAUCUCUGUAAAACUAUAGUGGUUGUAUCCAAACAUUUUUUGGGAUGUUUAUUAAGAAACAUGCAGAUUUAUUCAUUGUGUGUGGUUCAAAAUCUCACUUAAGCGUGCUUAUAUCACUGUUUGUUAUGUAUUCCACAUUAUUCUAUUGUACUGCCAUCACUGUUAUUGUACUUGUGUUCACCCUUUUCAUUAAAACAAAAACUGUAACUGAAA